UUUAAGAUUUUUUUUUUUCCCACAAAAUACUUUUUUUUCAUCCCGCACACAACGAGCUCUUUAAGUCCCGGCGUGCGACACAGAGCCGGCAUUCAUUAAGGGGCACAGCGAACGAGGGGGCUGGGGAGAGCGCGAGAGCGUCACUUUGGCAACUUGGGAACACACCAUCUCUCGUGUUAAGCGGGCGACCUGCAUUUCUCCACAGAAGAAAAUAAUCUUUAAAAGUGCAACUAUACAGAAAAGAAGAAAGCAUACACAUUCACUGCAGGCUGCGAAAAAAGGGGUGAGACUGGAAGAAGAAAAAACGAAGACGUUAACACGAAUGGAAGUAACCCUGUCCGCGGAGAAAAUCAGGAACUCCAAAUAGAGACUAGAAAGACAAAACGGGGAGCGUAGAAAAACCCCCAAAGUAAGACGCGCGAAUUUUUGCGUGUUUUAUCUUUCUCUUAUUUGAUAAAGAACAAAAAAACCGUAUACGUACGUUCUACGUUCUACCAUCCACGACAUAUUUGUCGUAAGAAAUAGUCCCCCCAAUCAGGACGCAUUUACGUUGCCGUUUUCAUUCAGUUCCUCUUGUGAUACAGAAGAACAUGUCGGGAGAAGAUCAGAGUUUGUCAGAAGUGGAGAUGAGUCCUGGAGCCUCCGACGAUGCUCUCUCGCUGUCGCCUGGUCACUGCUCGGGAGCAAUGGGCGGGAGCGACUCACCUUUAGCCACGCCACAGCAUCAGAUUCCAGGUGUGGGCAGCGAGACAGGUGGAACCGCGGUUAAAUCGGACGAAGAAGAUGAUCGUUUUACGCUUGGCAUUCGUGAGGCCGUCAGCCAGGUGCUGAAUGGCUACGACUGGACUCUGGUGCCCAUGCCCGUGCGCGUCAACUCGGGAAGCAAGAGCAAGCCUCACGUUAAGAGGCCUAUGAAUGCUUUCAUGGUGUGGGCGCAGGCUGCGCGCCGGAAACUGGCCGACCAGUACCCUCAACUGCACAACGCGGAACUCAGCAAAACUUUGGGCAAACUGUGGAGACUCCUGAAUGAGAAUGACAAGAAGCCCUUCAUCGAGGAAGCAGAGAGGCUGCGCAAACAGCACAAGAAGGACUACCCCGAGUACAAGUACCAGCCGCGCCGCCGCAAGAACGGGAAGCUGGCCUCCGGCUCCGAGGCCGACGCCCACUCUGAAGGUGAGGGCAGCCACAGCCAAUCACAAUACAAGAGCCUUCACCUGGAGCACGCCCACUCCGGGGGAGCAGGUUCUGCAUUGGCCGAUGGGCAUCAGCCUCAUUCAGCAGGUCAAAGCCACAGCCCCCCAACACCCCCCACCACUCCGAAGACAGAGCUGCACUCUGGGAAAUCGGGAGAAGGGAAGCGGGAAGGUGGCGGAGGAGGCGGGGCCCGGGGCGGGCUGGGCUCCGUGGGGGAGGGGGCAUCUGGAUCGGGCGCGGGGAAACCGCACAUCGACUUCGGCAACAUGGACAUCGGCGAGAUCAGCCACGAGGUGAUAGCCAACAUGGAGCCCUUCGACGUGAACGAGUUCGACCAGUACCUGCCUCCCAACGGGCACCCGGGCAUGGGGCAGGGCGGGGCAGGGGGCGGCGGGGCGGGGUCCUCGGCCACGCCCUACGCCUACGCCCUGGCCGCGGCCAGCGGACACUCAGCGGCCUGGCUCUCCAAGCAGCACCAGCAGCAGCACUCCUCCCUCAGCCCGGACUCCUCCAAGGCCCAGGUCAAGAGCGAGGCCUCCUCGGGGGGCCACUUCGCCGAGGCGGCCCCGGGGGGGUCCCACGUCACCUACACCCCGCUCGGCCUCCCCCACUACGGCUCGGCCUUCCCCGCGCUGGCCUCCCGGGCCCAGUUUGAGUACGGGGACCACCAGACCCCCGCGUCCUACUACGCCCACUCCGGCUCCCCCUCGGGCCUCUACUCGGCCUUCUCCUACAUGGGCCCGUCCCAGAGGCCCCUCUACACCGCCAUCAGCGACCCGGGCAGCGUGCCCCCGUCACACAGCCCGCCGCACUGGGAGCAGCCCGUCUACACCACCCUGUCCCGACCGUGAGGGGGGCGGGAGAGCGGGGCCACAAUUUAGAGACGCAGAGGGGGGAGCGCUGCAGUGGGACGGAUAUGGAAGGACUGCUUCCGGUCAGUUUCGAGCUCAGCUCAGAGGGACACUGGAGGGACCAUCACUGCUGAAA